UAUACUAGGAUAACUUCCAGCUGGUCGGUUACAGCAAUUUUAAUGUUCUCGAGUGUUCCAAAAUGGCGUCCCUUAGGAUGAUUUUUUAAUCUCGGGAAGAGGAAAAAGUCACAAGGACUCAAGUCAGUGAAUUUGAUGUCGAUGGUAUGCGCUAUAGGGUACGCUUGGACAUCACCAUCUCUUUCAAAGUAGCGGGGACUUAUGGGGCCUGAGAAUAAUCCACUUCAGCGACCAACAACCGUCUUGGAAGAUUCUUGGAUAACAUCUUUACAUAGUUUAGGAGCUGCUGUCUGCCCACUUUUCAUCGGUCCGUUGGCCAAUAAAUACGGAAGAAAAAAUACAAUGAUUAUAUUUUCUUUACCUAUGCUGGCCUCCAACAUAAUACUAAUAUUCGCGAACACAGUUUCCCUUUUCUACAUUGCAAGAUUUCUUAUUGGAGUGGGAACCGGAUGUGUGUUUUCAGUUGUACCUUUGUAUGUGGCUGAAAUUUCAAGUGUAGAGAACAGAGGUUUUACCAGUUUGUUUAUGAGUGUCACGAUAUCAUUUCAACAACUUGUAGUAUACAUAAUAGGUCCUUAUGUUACCAUACGAAAUCUGGCUAUAAUUUCUUUGAUACCCUCAGGUUUGUUUUUGUUAACAUUUGGUUUAUUUGUACCAGAUAGCCCGUACUAUUUCAUAUUGGUAAAUAAAAAGGAAAACGCAAUAAAUUCAUUAACCCGAUUGAGGCAGAUUUCAAAAAGUUACGCAGAAAAAGAAAUUUUGGAUGUUAUAAACAGUGUUGAACAAUCUAAGACUAAAAAAUCUCCAAGAGAAAUGUUUAGAUCUAAAAUUGUCUUGAAAUGUUUUUUAAUUUCUUCCGGAUUAAUGUUUUUUCAACAGUUUACUGGAAUUUUGGCAAUAAUACCAUAUCUACAAACAAUUUUCGAUGCUACUAACACUUCCAUACCAGGAGAAAUAUCCGUAAUGAUAGUUGGCUUGGUACAGCUGAACACCACAGCUUUAACAUCAAAAAUUAUAGACAUAAUUGAUAGGAAGAAACUACUUAUUGCUUCAAAUAUGGGAGUUUUUCUGUCGUUAGUUUCAUUGGGUGCUUAUUUCUUUCUGCUGUCUAAUGGGUCCAACGUUAGUAAAUUAAACUGGUUACCUAUAUCUAGUAUUUUAGGUUACAUUAUUUGUUUUAAUUUAGGUAUUGGGCCUAUAGUUUGGACAAUAGCAGGCGAAAUUUUUCCAUCCGAUCUUAAAACAUAUUUAAAUGGAUUAGCUACUUUUACCAAUAUUAUGUGCGGUUUCACCAUUUCAAUGUUAUUCCCAAAUGUUUCGCUUUUUCUGGGAAUGGCGUGGUCCGUAUGGAUUUUCGCCAUUUGUACAGCUUUAUCAAUAAUUUUCAUUGCCCUAUUUGUGCCAGAAACCAGGGGAAAGACGUUUCUUGAUAUACAAGUUAUGUUAAGGGAGGGGAAAAUUAAAUAAAUAUGACUAUAAAAACUUAUUAUUAUUGCUUUUUUUAUGAUUUCUAUAAAU